UCCGAUGAACCGCAAUCUAUCCUCGGAAAGCCUCUAUUAUUUCCCGUGCAGCUCAACCAUGUGCGUUUCAACCCUGUCAAGGACCAAUUCGCCAACAGAUUCCUCAUGAUCGGCAUCCCCGUCGGGAUACGCGCGCGCUACGGCAAUCUGCUGGCGAUCGACGACAAGCGGUUGACGCUCCGCGACUCGACGCAUGAUGGUCCAUCGUGGAGGUCCUUCCUGGCGCAGGCGACGUGCUGGCUCACGGUCGACGGGGAGCGGUACCUUCACCGCGGGGAUCAGGAUCUCGAUAUGCGGGCAAAAUUGGAUCGUUACUUGCUGAAAGAGCAGAACGAGGAUCCCUCCCAAUGGCCGUACGCGUACCUCCUCACCGUCCCGCGGUUUUUUUGGUGGUCGCGCAGUGUCGUGACGUGGUGGUAUCUCUACAACGCCGACCGCGAACUCGACGCGAUGAUCAUGGAGAUCAACAACUCCUACGACGAGAAGCGCAAUUACUUCUUCCGGGUCGAGCGCGGCGAGAACCCCAUCCCUGCCACGGCGAACGGCAAGACGACGGAAAAGCAGUUCCUCGAUGACGCCUGCACCAUCCGCAGCGCAUCCUCCCAACCCAAAUCCACCUACUACAAGGGCACCUGGCAGAAAUUCAUCUUCGCCUCGCCGUUCGAAAAGGUCGACGGCGCCAUUGCCAACCGGUUCAUGGAUCUGGCGCACGGCGCCCCGUGGAAGCCCAACGCCACGCUGCUCAACACCAACACGCUGAGCCCGCAGGGCAAAGUCAAGAUGGUCACGCGCAUCACCUGCUGUGGCACGCCGCUCGAUCCCGCGCAGAUGAGCUUCAGUGACCUGGCGCAGAUUGUACUGCGGUGGACGUUGCCGGGCGUGUUGACGACCCCGUAUAUCGUGCUCGAGGCGUUGCGGAUUCGCUGGAAGGGGUUGAUGAAGAUGAUGGAGAAGACCCCCGUGCGCAGUGGGAGUAUUGGUCGUCAUCCAACUCGGGCUGAACGGUAGGCUUGUUCCUGGACUUUUAUCCCUAGGCAUGUUUCUCAACUUGUUGCUAGUCAACUCGAACCUUUCUUCCGCGCCUACCUCGCCCACUGUGUCUCCUCCUCUCCCGACCCAGUGGAAGUAAUCUACAUCCCUUGCCGCGCUUUCUCCGAUGAGACCAUUCACAUGAGAUCCCCGUCCUGCUCAGCCGAAAGCACAUCCGUGCGGACCGUGACCAUCGAAGUCCUCGACCCCCCUUUCUACACGCGCAUCGCCAAUUAUUCCACCGCCUGGGAGGGACUAUCGACUGAAAUGCGCGCAACAGGCCAAGAGGCCGAUGCUGG